AUGGUCGAUUUCAACAACCUUCUGAGCAGGUUCGUGCUUGCGGCUCCUCGAGCGCUCAACGAUGAGGUCGCGCAAGGUCAGAUGGUCGUGUGUACCCAGAUGUCGAUUGCUGGAAGCGCCGCUUCAUUCACCGUCAAGAUCAUGAAUGCUGGUACUGGCAGGGAUCUGGCAGAGCAGCUGGCGCAGCCGCUGAUCAAGGGGCUGCUCGGCCUGACCGCUUCGGCGGCCGAGCUCGCGGCCGCGACGCAGGCGGAGCAGUCCGUGCAUGCUACAAAGACAUACACUGCUCGUGAGACUGCCCGAUUCUACCCGGGUUGGAGGGACUGGAAGACUGCCUUCGAGCAGGCGGCCGCAGCUCCUCGGCCGCGGACCGACCCGCCCAACACGGGCGGUGCCGGACCUGCCGCGCCAAGGCCGGUCUCGAUUCUCGGAGCCCCGUUUGCUCUCGAGAUGUUUCGCAAGCUGCCUGCCUCUGGGUCAGUGGCCGCUGGUAACGUCGAGGCGGCCGAAGUGCUAGGCCUUUGCGACAAGAUGCCGGCCCUCGGCGCUUCCAUGCUGCCGGAGGCUGUCCGGAUUCAGAGCUUCGCAGUGGCGCUGGAGGCGGCAGCCGGCGAGGCCGCCCACACGUCUCUCCGUGGUGAGGUCUCAGCAAAAGGUCAGCUGACACUCGCCGAAGCGACGGCCUUCCUCGGGCGGUUCGGCCAGGCCUUCAAAGCGAGCGCGCCGUCUCCUACGGCGCCCACUACCCCCUACGAAGCGCUCGUCCGCCGCGUCGACGCCGGCGGGCAGUUUGCUGAGUUCAUGGAGAAGACCAUCCCGUUUAUCUGCACCCGUGCCGGGGUCAUCUUACAUGUAAUUGAGGGGAUUCGGAAGGACCUUCCGCCUGACCAUAUUGCCUUUGAGAGUGCGGAGGAGAAGGCGGUCUACGUAUUCGUGCGCGAGUGUUUGCACACCAAGCGCGUGGGCGAAUUCACCUAUGCCUCUUGCCUAGAGGCUGUUGGUAGCGAGAAAGCCCUCGUGGACCUGACCAUGGCGGUUGGUCACUACGGGAACGUCUGCGCCCUGCUCAACGUGUUUCAGGUCUCCCACCCAAUUCUUGGUGGCAUGGAGACGCCCUUUCCCACUCAGCGAGAGUGA